GGAAUUUAUUUUGUAUUCUUUUCGUUAUACACAUCUCUGUUUGUGUAAAUUAUUUUAGAAUCGAAGUAGUUCUUUGAUUUCAUUAAUAUUAAGGAAUUGUCAAUAUUGAAUGUGUUGAAUCGAUUCGUUAUGAUAGAAAAUAUUUAAUUUUAUUUUAAGGAAUGUGUUAAACAGUUACUACUGAGCUUUAUGUUUUGUUUUAUUUACUUUCAACAUGUCUCCGCCAGAUAGUGCACACAAUCAGGAAACUGUUGGUCUACCUAUUUUUAUCAAACGAUAGUUAUCGAGAAGACUAGUGUCAUCGGCGAGACUUCAAUAGAAGAAGGCGAUUUUGUGAAUUUUAAAGAUCAUUUUGAACGGUUUUAACAAUGUAAAACUUCAUAAUCUUUGAAGAGGACAUGGCGUAUUCGGUAUGUCAGAAUUUUGCGCCAGUUUUUUUCAAUCACCCAUGUUUGUCCCCUCAGGCAAAAACAAACAGGUUUUACAACAGUUUGUUCUAUCCAAUGAACUCCAUUUCGAGGUUUCCAAAUAAGUCGGAUAUGUGUUUGUAAAAUACACAAUUGUUUUUGUUUGUUUGUGUGCAUCUUGAAAUGCAAUGGUGUGAUAACGAACGGUUAAAUGUUUUGAGGCUAAGGCCUACCUGUGGCAUCGAACCUUUGGUUUUAGAGACCUGAAAAAUGACUAAAUACAAUAACUGUGUGAAGGUUCAGUUUGAGAUUGGCCACGAAGCAUCAGUCCGCUCCGAGGUGACUGCACAAGGGUUCACACACGACUGGCAGGUGUUUGUGCGAGGUGCAGACAACACUGAAAUUCACCAUUUUGUUGAGAAAGUUGUAUUUAAUCUGCACAGUUCGUUUCCUAAACCCAAACGAGUGGUAAAGGAGCCGCCGUACGAGGUACGAGAGUCAGGCUACGCGAGCUUCGCAUUCCCAAUAGAAGUAUACCUUAAAAACAAGGAUGAGCCGAGGAAACUGGAUUUCAUGUAUGAUUUGUCACUCAAUCCCAGUGGACCGAUCCGCACGUCGCAGCGCGAGAAGAGGAUAUUCAACAAUCCGUCGGAGGAAUUCCGGCGAAAACUCAUCAGGGGCGGUGGGGUUAGUAUUUCUCAUUACUACUUUCCUUUCUAUUUUAAGUUUAAGUGUUUGUAGAUUGGAUUAGUUUCU